CGGGUCGCUCAGAGGGGACCGGGACAAGGGGUUUCCUCCCUGCAAGGGUCACCAGGGACCCUUCGCCCAGCCCCGUCUCUGUACAACCCCAGGGAAGGGGGUGUCAGGUCUUGCUGUGACUUUUGCGGGAUUUUAACGGCUUAAUUCCUGCUCCACGAUAUACAGAAAAAGUAUGCCUCUGUGGGAGCGACGUUUCUGACUUAUUUUCCUGUGUUUAAUUUUAAAAUGAAGGAAACCAAGCGCAAAAGACAUUAGCGUCUUUAACUUCCCCAAGUUAGUCUUUACUAAUACUAACUAAUACUUAUUGCACUGUUUAUUAUAGCAAAGCAAUCACAGCGUGAUCGUGGUUCACUUAUUUGAUUCUAACAUGACGUUUGUCAUAGGGUAAAAGCACAGCCUCAUAGUUAUGUGCUCCUGAAACGUCUGUGGUGAGGUGACAGGGAGCUGUCAUUACGGGAGAGCAACGAAUGACACAAUGUUUCGUUAGUCUCAGAAUCCAUCACUAACAAUGCGCAGACAAUCAAAGCUUGUAAACGCUACCCUGAAAGUUACUGAGAGGAGAAACGCUGAAGAGAAAGAGGAGACCUCUUUCUCUGAUCUGUCAAAAGACCAGAAGAUUUGCAAAGGGACUGAAGCAAAAGCCACAAUGGCAUCUGAGAAGGAGAACUUGAGUGAUGGGAACCAAGUGCGGUUGCAAAAACACACCCUGAAAUACUCCAAAGUGCUAGAGAAGGAAUUGUACCACAGCAGAAAGGAUGCCAGCUGUCCGCUUGCUGGAUGCGCUUCUGAUACACUAAAUGGGGAUGUGGUUGGUGAACCUUCCUGGCCUUUGAACAGUAAGGAGAAAUUUUCAAGAAGCGGACGUGGUUCGUUGGGGGCUGAAUGCUGCUUGCCACCCAAGAGGGACAAAGCGGAAGAAAAGUCCUGUUGUGGAAUAGUGGAGAAACAGAGGAGAAAAACUGUUGACUUUGCAACUGUAACAACUGCUGAAUUUGGGAUUACUCAAGAAAGUUUUAUUAGUCCAUCUAUAGGGAAGUCCCCAAAUGCAUUAAAGUUAAGACGAAGAUCAGCGAUCGGAGUACGAGGGUCACCAGAAAAUAACGCCCUUAUUCAGUACCUUGCCCAGCAGAGGAGCAAUCGGCAAAAAGAAACGUUUACGCAGCACGCUAGUCCUUUUAAAUUUGCCAAGUCAUCGAAGGACAAAAUCAGGGUCUUUCAAACACCUUUGAAAUCAGUGCAAGAAGCUGAAGGGCAGAAGAACUUCCCUGGACUCUCUCAAGUGUCUGGUGGUUCUCAGGAAGCAGACUGUUCUGAGAACAAAGUACCCUUCACAAGCAAGUGCAGUCUGGAUCAGCAGAGUGAGAGGUCCGUGUCUGACUGCAGUGGAGCUGAUCUGAAAGAAAAUUUAAAACAGAACUUGACCUAUGGCAAUAAGUCUGAUUCCAAGAUUUGCACCACCUUGUCUUCACACCAAGGCAUGACUGUCACUGAACCUGCUCUUUCUAAGGAAUGGGCUUAUAAGGAACACAAUCCUAUUGAAUAUUCGGAUGCAAUUCUCAUUAGAGAUAUCUUAGAAGCAAGCCAUGAACUGAGCCUGGAAAUGCAUGAUGGAAGCAAGCCACCUGUCACACCAGUACGAAUGGGAAAUGCUUCAUUAAAUGAACAUACACAGAGUGGCUCCCAGCUGCGAUCUGUACUGAAGAAAAUGCCAGCGAAAGAACUGACGGAUUGCACUAAGGAAUACUCAACUGAUACUGUUGGCAGUGGAGGAAGGGAAUCUCUCGCGGUCUCUGAAGUAAAAAUCUGUGAAGCGUUGCAAACAGAGAAAACUGAACAAUACAGCUCCAAAAAGCCAAAGAAGAAAAAAGUUACUUUUGGAGAAGAUCUCAGCCCAGAAAUAUUUGAUAAAACUUUGCCUGCAAAUACUCCCUUGCGCAAAGGAGCAACACCAGUCCGUCAUCCGGGAUCACAAAGCAGUAGCCCUUUUACAGGGUCAAGAUUCACUGAGGAGCCAUUACCCCAGCCAAACUUUGAUUGCGAUGAUCAAUGCAUUGAGCCUCCUCAAGAGUUACAAGAGGAUUCUCUUGCUGCAGAAGACCUCUCACCUGUUGAAAACACCACAGAGGUCACUGCUGUAGCUGCAGAGUCUGCCCACUGUUUAGUAAAAGAAUCUGACAAAUCUCACACGAUAGCAACUCGUUCCUUUACUAAAAGGAAGUGCAGUGCUGAAGAUCUUCACUUUAACGGUGAAUUGUCCACUAGCCAUAAGACAUGCACACAGUAUCCUACCUGUAUUUCUGCUGGUUGCUGGAAUUUUAAGUCUAGCACCACUUCAGAGGGGGUUGAUCUCAGUAUCCCAAGAGCCACGAGUACUAAGAGUGUUAAAGAUACCAAAAAUCCAAGGAAAAACAAACUUCAGAGACCAAAGAAUAUUACCACGUCUGCUGCCAAAAAGACACAAAGAACAAAACAUGCAAGCUCUGGGAAAAGAAGAAAGAGAAAAGUUAAGAAAUCCUUGUAUGGGGAAAGAGAAAUGGCUUCUAAGAAGCCUCUUCUGAGCCCUAUCCCUGAGAUUCCAGAAGUUCUCUCUUCUGCCUCAUCUCCAAGCUCACCAAAGGCAAAUGCACUUCCAGAGGAUGCAUUUUUAGAUUUGAAAUCCAGCAAUGAUCAAAAGGAUGCUCAAUGGAAGCAAGCAAUCAAAGGAAUGAGAGGGGAAAACAUCCCUGCUGCUCACGUGCGUCCAGUCUCUGAGGACCUGGACGUUGGAGAAACCAGCAGCCCUGAUGUUACGGUGUUUCAGGUGUCAGAUGGUGAUCUGAAGUCAGUUUCUGGUCCUGAUCAUAAGUUUCCAAGCAUUGUACCAGACACAAACUAUGUUUCUGACACAUAUGACUGUCCCCAGCAAGCUGAAGAGACUGAGUGUUCAAAAGAGGAAAAAGAAAGUGAUUUCUUGAUAGAAAACAAGAACUUACAGGGAAAUUUCCCAAAUAAGGAAGAGUGGUUAACAGGGCUAGAAUUUCCAGAACAGGACACUGGUAUACAUGAGAUUCUCCGAAGAACUGGCCGUCCACCAAAAAAAUCAAGAGGUAGAAGAAGAAGCAGUACUGGCUAUGUUCCUCCUAUCAAAAAGUUCAAUUUUGAAACAAUUGGAAAUGAUCUUCCACUUUCUUUUAAUGUGGAGGAAGUCUUAUCUGCUCCUCAGCUGAAAAAUAACUCCUCCGAAGGGCCUUUUAGAAGGAAGAAGGGUAGCAGCAGUGAAACGAGCAGGGUGAGACGCAGCAUGAGGCUACACAAAGAUGCAGAAACGGAAGGACUGGCGUGGAUUCCAGUGCCCAAUGAGACUCUAAAGAACCCUCCUCCGGUAGCUUCUGGUUGCAAAACCAGGAGAACGAUAAGCACGUCUGUCCUUAGAGAAUCUGAGAACAUUCACCACAGAGAAGAAAAUCUCAUCCAGUUUGCAGCACCAGGGAAGGAGAACGGUGACCCUGUUAAUCUGGCUGACGGUCCUUGCAGAAGAUGGAGGAGGAAGAGUGUGAGUGUAUCAGCGCCUCAAGAAACAAGAACUUGGUCUCAAACCCGGAAAAGGAGCAUAACAAAUUCUGUACACAGCAAGGACAGAAAGAACCAAAGACUCUCUGAAGAAGCAGAAAUACCUGUUGAAAAUCAGGCUAACUCUUAGUGAGGUUUCAGCUACCUCCUGUUUAUUCUAAAGCGAAGACACCAUCAGUUUUUCCCAAGACAAGACCUCCUAAGUCAACUUGAAAGGAACUUCACUAAUUAAACGCUGUUCAUCUCGUACUGCUAGAGAAAUAUUAUGGAAUUUAUCAAAACGGUCUCCUUGAGGUUUUAUUUUGGCUUUUGUGUCACAAUGAAAAUUUUAGGUUUGGAAUCAGGGUGGUAACAAACAGUGACUUGGGUUUAAUGUUGUUGCGACAGCAGUAUGUUGGCUUGCCAGGAGAGGGCAGUCUGACAUGAGUUUUUGUGCUCAUAACUGAAUUAUUUUGAAAAUGUACAAGAUCUUUGAACAGAUGCUAGCUCCGAUUAUAAUCUAAGGUUAUGUGAGAUCAAAACUGACUAAUAAUAGCUACUACUUCUAACAUUCAAAAAAAAUCAAAAUAGCAACUGCAGUAAGUACUAAAACUUAUACUAGAGAGGUGAAAUGUUUGUGUGCCAUAUUCAGACAGGACUUUCUAUGUGGAAAUCACGUGGCACUCUUAAACACAGCAGAGCUCUGCAGUUGCUGCAGGGAUGUUAGGGAUUACCUGUUACAUCACAUCAGGCAGUGAGGGAAACCUCUUGAGACUGUGCAUGUCAUAUCCUGAGUGCCAGGCCAAAAUGGUCAGGUUAAGUACAGAGAAGUCCUGGAGGAAGGAGGCAGUAAGCUGGCAUAUGUGACACGAGAGGGCUGAAUCUCCAAAGUGCUGCCUAGCACCUGCUUUCUGUGGUGCUGCUGUCCUUUGCAUCAGUCACGGCAGCGGUGGAAGUGUGUUCUCCCUCGAGGUUUCUUGAGUGGAUGUGUUAAGUGCACUUUAGAUGUGAAGUGUAAGUAAAAUCAGAAAUAGACGAGCACGGGUAAGGAGAAGGAAAACCAAAGCUUGCAUUUGCCUCCUGGCACAACUUGGUUGAAAAGGGUUGAAUUACGUGUAGAUGCUCGAUGGCAGUUCACAUGGCUUAUGUGAGGGUGAGGUUCAAACCUGCAAAGGAAUAGAGGUUGCAGUAAUGAUUUAAUCUGGAGAGGACUUGAGAGGAGACAAGGCUUCAGUUAUGCAGAAUCUUAUUGGAGCAGGAGGUUAAUGAUCAGUUCUCCAUAUCUGUACUGGAGGGGACAAUAAAUAAUGCUUUUAAAUUAGGAAAAAAUAUCUUUUUUUAAGCAGUAAGAAGUAGCUCCUGCACCAGAGAUGGCUGAGCACAAGAAUACAUUGCCUUGGGAAGCUGUGAAAUCUCCGUCACUGGAGGCUUUUAAGAAUAGAUUAAAAAACUGUCUGCCAGGAAUAUCUGUCUGCGACUUGCUCUUCUGAGGAAGAGCAUUUCUCUUGACUCCUGGGAUAGUGUAACCAGCAAUUUGAUGGCCAUGAUGUCCUGCAGGAAGGGUGACCAGCAGAGUGACCAACGCUGUUCCCUUUCCAGGUUUCUAAAACUGAGUUACCAUAAACCUUCGAAUGGCAGCAACUUCACUAUCCCCAUUCAAUGAACAGAAGUGCUUUGAGUUGGUCUCUUGUCUUCAUUUCUCGGUGACGGUAUAGGAAUGAAACUUCAGGUCUGUUGUGUGCAGACAAGUCCCAAGGUUCAAGAGAUUUUGUGGCUGUAGUUGUAGUUUUCAGCUGGUAAUAGCAGCACUACCAGGAGCAGACUUCAGUGGUGUUCUGUCAGGUUGGAUUACUCACUAACACCAGCAGCAGUUUUACUUGUGACGUGUUCGUCGGACAAGAAUGCCCCAAAUCAGCCUUGUACAACUGAGCUGUGUUUUAGUUGGAUCAGUGAAGCAUCACCGCACAGUAUGUCAGACCGGGGACUAUGCAGUGCCCAUUUUGAAGGCUAGCCUCUGGAGCCUUCAGUUUAAGUCACCAUUUCAACUAUUUUUAACAAAGUCCCGUGUCAACUUUGUGUAUUUUAAUGGCAUCUGAGGAAAUCUGUGGUAGAGGAUGUUUUUUUUGCCUCUCGUUCACUUUCACUACUGUUCUAAGGGGAAGCUUCUCUCUUUAGAGGGUUAUUAUAAAGACAAGCUUGUGUAUUCAGUAAUGAUGUAGCUAGUAGGAUUAAUAUAUUACAGAUAUAUUGUGGUGUUUGUGCUUUCCCAUGAAGUUCACUCUUAAUGUAUUCUUAGAUAUUCAGGCAGCUGAACAUGUGGAAGCAACGAGGAGUACAUCACAGCUGGGACGCUCUUCCCGUAGACUUGCAUUAUAUUACUAAGCUGAGAAUGCAAAGACCAGUAAUACUUCAUGUGCUUCAUUCAGAAAGUGUUCAAGGGACAGAUCAGGGUCUCUAUUUCUGUUUUCCAGCAAUUAUUUUAUGCCAGUGUUUUGCCAUAGUGAAGAUGCUCUCUGAUUACAGAAGUGGAGGCUGCAUGACCAAGUUUUCUCCCGUGUGAUUUAAGAGAGUUCAAACAACUUCCUCAACCUGGCGCUCACUGUAAGCAGGGGAAAGAAAAUAAGAAUAGUAUGUGCUAUUUUUAUCUGAUAAAGCUGAUAAGCUCUAUUUUAAAAUAAUUGUAAAUAAACCUUCAUGUCUUCAGCUUUUUUUUCUCUACUUGCUACUGAUCAAUUUGGCUAUUGAAGGGGGAAUUGAAAUGCCUGAGUGUUGCAUAUAAAUUUCACUAUUGUGUAUUCACCUACUUGUGAUAAUGAUGUGGUUGUUUUGAACUCCACUAAAACGUUUUGUGCUCUAGCUCCUCUUCCUGACCCUGAAUCCUCUAGCGCUCUUACAGUUUACUUAGAUUUAGAAAGAAAUUAGCGGUGAAGUGAUCUAUGCACAAGGAAGCAAACAGAAAAUCCUUGUUACAUCUAUGUACAAGGAAAUGGAGAGGGGAAAAAAAAGCCAUUGAUGUAUGCCAAGUACAGCUGGAGCGUAUAGGAACAGGAGUGAAAGAAAUUUCAUUUUCAAGCUGCUAACAGGUAUGUAAGUGAUGGAAAUCAUUUAAAAAACAAGCUGUGAUGUGUAGUUGAAUAUUCCUUCCACUUGCACAAUUUUUAAAUUAGGAGGUAAACAGUGCAAAUCACAGACGUGAAGUAAGGUAGUGCCUAACUCCACUGUGUUCCUGUGGAAAAAAUGAGGUGGUGCCUGUAACUUAUAGACAAGAAGGCUAAUGUAUUAGUUUUGUAAUUAACUCGUGUAAAUUGUGCAUAACAGAGCAAUUAACUACUUUAACCAAGCUUUGGAGGGAGACGAAGAAAAACCUGUGUGCACUGGGAAUGAGGGCAUGGAACAUAUUCCCUGACUCAAACCUGAAAAACCUGGUGUUAGUCUUGGGUUAUUUCCAGUGACCCCUUGACUCCCAUCUUCCUGCCCCCUGCACAGAUUUGGAACUGGUCAGCCAUUUUUGUUUUUGGAAGGGAGAGGAGACAGAUAUAAUGAAUGGCUUUUAUUGUGCAAUAUUUCAAAACCUUUUUGACUGCAUUCGGAUGGGAUGGAAAAUGUUCUACCCUGUACUGUAGCCAAAACAAACAAAACAUAUUCCCUAAACCUGGAUGUGUGUUUCACUCAAACUGGCAGUAGUUAGAGCUCUACUCUUAAACAAGAAUUUAGUUUGACAAUUUUUAGGCCUUGUUCAGCUGAAUGUAACAGCCAAAGAAAAUACGGGGAAAAAAAUUAAAUAAUACACAUAUUUACAGCUUGCAGGUGGCAUUAAUUUUUGCAGUUCGUAGUGUUUAGUUUCAAGAAUCCCUGUUAGUUGGGAUAUAUUGUAAAUGUUAAAAAAUAUUCUUAAUUGUCUUUUUUUUUUUAGAUUAGUUUUUUUUCUUUUUAAAUGAAAAUAGUCAUUCUGAAGGAAAACAUUUUAUGUAGCUCCCUGAUGGGUGAUAAAUAGCUGUGAUUCAAGGCUUUAAAAGUUUAGGGUCUACCAAGAAACUGAAAAUUCUGCAAACACAAGACCAGCAAUCUAGCAGUAAAACCUCUUGACAGAAACCUGCUCGGGCCUGGCUUCCAGCUCCACUAAAGUUUAGUUUAAAUACCCUCUUUAUGGUGCAGGCUUACUGCUGGGUUUUGGCAUCGCCAGUCAGUUCGGUGAAGGCCUUGCAGCGUGUAACCAAGAUAAUUCAUGUUGUGCAACACGUUUUAUGGCCUGAACAACCAUAUUUCUCAUUAAUAAUAAUAACUUUAAAUUUAGACACCUAUGCCAGGAGGCCUCCGGGUAGAACACAUCCUCUGUUCUUCACAAUCCCACCCUCCAAAGAGAAGUCCCUUUGAGCACAUAAAAUGCAAAAGUCCUCGUGUUUUGAAGUAGAGAAACGAGCCUCAUUUUAAAAAUUAUUAUGAUUAAAUCAUUAAAGAUUACAAACAAGGUAUCUUGAAGUCUGAGGAGAAGUUGUCAGAAAAAAUAGCGAUCGUUCCUCAAAAGCCCUGAUGACAUAGUAAACAAACCAAGCUCAGAAUCAGAAAUCUGGGCUUUUUGGUCCCUCUGUGGUCAGCAUUUUGUUUUGUGCUGUUCUUGAAUUAAAUGUUACUCAGUUUUCUUGCCCUUUCUUUCGUUUAUUUGCCAGCACUGUAGCACCAGGAUGAAAAAUAUGGAUCUACUCUUACCAUCCAUUAAAUCAACUGAGUUUUACUGAAGACACUUUUGAAGUCAAGCUUCACUCUGUCAUAAAUAAGCUGCCUAUGUCAUACAAAUGUUUGGACAAACAAAUGUACUUAGUUCCAUGUUCAGAAGGUCAGUAACGCUGAGUUUUGGUAGUAAAUAUCCAUUAAUGCAAAUCUACUAAGGUUGUAAGGGAAUUCAUGUUUGAACUACGAUUUGGAUAUGUUGAGUAUCCUCCUGUGUGCUAUCAAGAAAGUAAUUGUGUGGUUACUAAUAUUAAUGAUUAAUAGAAAGGUCCUUCCACUUUCCUCUCAAAAAAGAAAAAAAAAA